AGAGAGGAUGGCGAAAGGGCAGACCACUUGUUAGAGCGCAGUUGUCUUCUUCAUGUCCAAAGUCACUGUCCAAAUUACGUACUAUCUUCUCCCACGUGGUCCUCCCUUCCCUCUUUAUAAUUUCUCUUCUCUCUCUCUCUCUCUCUCUCUCUCUCUCACCGCCAGCAACCUCCCUCUCUUCCUUCCUUCGUCCAAUUCCUCCCCACCCUCCGGCUUUAAGUAAUUAACCAGCUCUCUCUCUUUUUCUCUCUCUCUCUCUCUAUAUAUAUAUAUAUAUAUCAUCACAUUAUCUCAUAUACAAGAAUAUUAGCUCAAUCAGCAUGUCUAGCAGAAGGUCGUCGAGGCAGCAGUCAGCUACCGCCAGGAGUAGCACUACUUCAAGGAUCACUGAUGAUCAGAUCAUUGACAUUGUUUCCAAGUUACAGCAGCUUGUUCCAGAGAUUCGUACUCGACGACGAUCCCACAAGGUAUCGGCGUCGGAGGCUCUACAGGAGACGUGCAACUACAUAAGGAGUCUGAGGAGAGAGGUGGAUGACCUGAGCGAGAGGCUCUCCCACCUUCUGGCCACCAUUGAUGCUGAUUCUCCAGAGGCCGCUGUUGUUAGGAGUUUGAUCAUCUAAUUAAUAAUAUCAUAUAUAAUAUUAAUUAUACUAAUUAAUUUUGCAUGCAACUGCUAAUUAAUUAUA